AUGGCGGGGGCGAAUCGCGUCACCGGUGUGAUCGGAGGCGCCAUUGUGCACUUCCUCGGGACGAAGAAACACAGGGACGACCCGAUCCUCGUACAGAUUGCUUUCCAGGCGUAUUUCGCUCACGUACUUCAAUGGAUUACUCGUGCUUGGAACAUCGGUGGAGAUGAGACUCAGAACCGGCUCAUCGAGGAGAUAUAUGAGAAGGUGCGCGACACAGAGGCACAAGCUAUAUCCGGUCGUUGGCGUGCACUCACGCGCGCCAACAUUCCUCGGCGGCAAUGUGACGAGCUUCAACUCACCUCUCUGCUUACCACGAAAAUUCUUUCUGGCCUUGCUGAUAUCCUCUUAGCUGCAGGGUGCAAUGCAAGUCAAGCAGAGCUUGUUACAGCACUGUCCUCCAAGUUCAGAGAGAAAGUCUUGUUCCUCGUCACCUUGGCUGUGCGCGUGAACAAGAUUGUCGGCGAGGACGUUACCUCAGGUGACUUGGAAGUCUUGACGGUUCCCCCUGCAUCCCUGUUUGACCCCGCCAACAUGGAGGACGUUUACAACGAAGCAGCCUCUGGAACUGGUGCCAGAGUAUUAUGCACGACCGACCUUGGUUUGCGGAAGCGAGUCAGGAUAUCCAUGACUGGCGAGAAGGAAAAGCAGUGGGCGGUGACCACACUGCUUAAGCCAAAGGUGGCUUUGGAAACUGUUGUUGAGAUCAUGGAUGAUUGA